AUGAACCCGCUAAUACGCUUCACUAACGGCUUUAUCUUUGUUAUUAACUUUGCAGCGGAACUAUUAAAGCUUACUAACGACCUUCUUAUCUUUUUCGAAUACUCCGAUUACGCAUACGUGUUCUUUAAAGCCGCUAGCAACGUACUAGCACUAUACAAGCCUUACGACUACAAAAUCGAGCUUUUCGAAAAAGGAAAGAAAGCGCUUCGAUACUUAUUAUUGUACAAGAUGUCGAUCCUUGAGCUAGAGCUUAUUAAAGCUUACUUUAUCGACAAUCUUAAUAAAGGUUUUAUCGAACCUUUAACAGCGCUAUUUGCAGCUUUAGUCUUGUUUGCUAAAAAGCAAGACGGUUCUUUCCGCUUUUGUAUUGACUUCCGCGCGCUAAAUAACUUUACUCGUAAAGAUCGAUACUUUUUCCUUUUAAUCGAUAAGACUUUCGCACGUCUCUUAAGAGCUAAAAUCUUUACGAAACUCGAUAUUCGGCAAGCCUUUUAUGUCGUAUCGCUAACACGCUUCACUAACGGCUCUAUCUUUGCUAUUAACCUUGCAACGGAACUAUCAGAGCUUACUGACGACCUUUUUAUUCUUCCCGAAUACUUCGAUUACGCACACGUGUUCUUUAAGGCCGCUAGCAACGUGCUAGCACUACACAAGCCUUACGACCACAAAAUCGAGCUUCUCGAAGGGAAAGAGAAGGCGCUUCGGUACUCACUAUUGUACAAGAUGUCGAUCCUUGAGCUAGAGCUUAUUAAAGCUUAUCUUAUCGACAAUCUUAAUAAAGGUUUUAUCGAACCUUUAACAGCGCUAUUUGCAGCUCUAGUCUUGUUUGUUAAGAAGCAAGACGGUUCCUUCCGCUUUUGUAUUGACUUCCGCGCGCUGAACAACCUUAUUCGUAAAGAUCGAUACCCUUUCCUUUUGAUCGAUAAGACUUUCGCACGUCUCUUAAGAAUUAAAAUCUUUACGAAACUCGAUAUUCGGCAAGCCUUUCAUAGAAUACGGAUGGACUUAGCUUUAAAGGAGCUCACAACAUUCAAGACACGCUACGGUGCUUACAAGUGCAAGGUUCUUUUAUUCGGACUGACCAAUAGACCCGCCACUUAUUAA